CUGUUUGAACCCUUGAAGCGGAACCCUUUGUGUUGAUCCCUACCCGUUAGCACUGCGUCACGACGCCCUCCACCUUACUCGCGCGACGCCAGCAACAAUUAAAAUUUUUAAAACCCUUUUCGGUCACCUGCUGUCCUCAACCGCCUUCCACCUUUCUCUCUAAUACCCAUCGUCGAUAACCUACCUCCUUCCUUCCACCUACCAUAUCCACACCAUCCGACCACCAUUCUCCACACCACUCCUACCUCCGUGAUCGGUUUUCACCCACCAACAAAACCCCCAUAAACAAAUCAACAUCCGACUGACAUAUCUCACCGAUUUGGGACUCGUUUUGCACGAAAAGUUCUGAUUUUUAACGCAUAUUUCAUCGAUUCAGGCAUGGCUAGUAGUUCUCGCCGAGGAAAAGGUAGGAAAACCGGAGCGGGUCAGUCAGCACCGCAGCAGGAUCCGGUUCCUCAAGAAACGCCGAUAAUUCAAAUAGCAGCCGAUGAUCCGAAAUUAAGAAAAAUCAAAUAUCAAACAAAUUAUAACUUUAUUCCGGAUCAGAAAACGCACAGAGAUGAUCACCCGAUUCUGAAGUUUGAGGAAGAUUCACCAGAAUGGAACAAAUUUGAAAAAUUGAAAGAUACUGAGCUACUUCAACACCGGGUUAUCAAUUGGAAGUGGUUAAAUGAAAUAGGCUCAGAGCAGGAAGUGAGGGACCUUUUAGGGGAAAGAUUGAUUGAUGCAUUGGAUUGUAUAGAGCCUCAGUAUGAGGAGUUAGUGCUAGAGUUCCAUAGCACUUGGGUGCAUAAGGAGGGUACGUUCGAGCAGGGCACAUCUGUGUCAUUUAGCUUUGGAAGGAAAGUGUAUGUAAUGAAUAUUGCGCGGUUUGCUAUAGUUUCGGGGUUGUAUACCGAACAGGAGGUGAAGAGGCCGGAGUUUGCUACUUGCUUGAGGGGUGCGUAUAAUAAGCCUAGAGAUUAUAGUGUUGGUGGGACUGAGUUGAAAGAGUUUUGGAGUACGAUUUCUGAUCGUCCGUUUGCGUCUAUGAAUCUGAUCACAUCGGUUCGUAAUCCUGUGUAUAGAUAUGUGCUGAAAAUCUUGUCGACUACACUAGUGGGUAGGAAGUCGGGGGAAAACAAGGCGAAUUGGAUCGAGCUGUUUAUUUUGAUGUGUAGCGUGCAGAAGAGGGAGAUGAAUCUGGCUACUAUCUUAGCAGAUUCGUUUAGUAGAGGUCGAAGAGGAGGUAUUCGAGCUGGGUUGAAUUUGGGCCCUUACAUUACCAGGAUUGCAACAAAUUUGGGGGUGUUUGAUAAAUAUCUUCCCGAAUUUCUACAUAGGGGCCCACGACAGCGAUGUUUGGGUUGCAGGACCUGCAGAAGGCAGGCAUAGUGUCAGAGCAGGAGCUGUACGGCUGGGAGCCGAUCAAACAGGGUAAACAGGUUCAGCCGACACAGGGGCAUCCAACUGGGGAUGUCGUGACUCAGAUUGAGCCCACACAUACGCAACAGCCACCGCAGGUACACGAGCGGCUAGCACGUCAGUACCCGAGGAGACAUCCUCUACCUGAGCCUCUUACUUUGGAGUCAUUCUCUGGCUAUAUGGAGCAGAGACUGGACAGGCUAGAGCAUUUGAUUGAGACACUUUAGAGGGGUCAGUCGAGGCAGGAUGAUGUUCUUCGUUAUAUGAUGACCGUUCAGAGCAUGAGGAUUCCGGAUUACUUCCAGCCAGGGCAGCAGGGUGCUGGUGCACAGGCUGAUCCGGAGCCUCCAUUUCAGGUAUUUGAGGAGAGCAGUCACGAGUCCAAUAGUGGACAGUGAGCAGUAGUGCGGGGAUGGCAUGAGGAUGCAAAGCAGUAACUGACUACUAUAUCUUUUGCUGAUUAUUUUUAUUUUGUGCUGUUUUGGUCCUCACUUUUUGGUCUGUACUGAUAUUCAUACACUUUAAACAGAUUGGUUAGGGAUGACUUGGUUGGUCGAUGUGAUGAAACCGAUAGACUACUGAUGCUUUUGAUAUAUAUAUAUAUAUAUAUGAUGUUAUGUUUUGGUA